AUGUCCUUCGGUCGGCCACCAUCCAUCUCAGGCGGUUUUUCCAACUCUGCACCCGACCGAGGCUCCUUCCCGCUCGAUCACUAUGGGGAGUGCAAGCAGUAUAUGCAGUCGUAUCUUGACUGUCUGCGCAAGAACACUAACAACUCUACUCCCUGCCGGCAUCUGAACAAGGACUACCUCGAGUGUCGCAUGGCUCGUGGCCUGAUGGACCGUGAUGACUGGAGUAACCUGGGUCUGAACGGUGUCAGAGGCGCAGCAGAGAGUAGUAACAGUGUCGUGAAAGACAACCCGAAGGACAAGCCAAACGUCUGA